CGAAUUCCCGAUCAAAAUUCAGAGACUGAUCGUGGUUAAGAGAAGAGAGAAUGGCGUCGGUGCAGGUAGCGAGGGUUGCAGCCGUACCACCACCGCAGGCCCAGGCUCAGGCUCAGCCCCAGGCCCAGGUCCAGACCCAGACUCAGAGCCAGACCCAGGCCAUAGGAGAGCAGCAGAAGAAGAACAGAAUUCAAGUUUCCAAUACCAAGAAGCCGCUCUUCUUCUACGUCAAUCUUGCUAAGAGGUAUAUAGAGCAACACAAUGAGGUUGAGCUCUCUGCAUUGGGAAUGGCAAUCACUACUGUUGUCACUAUUGCUGAGAUUUUGAAGAACAAUGGACUGGCUAUUGAAAAGAAGGUGUCUACAUCUACAGUUGGCAUGAGGGAUGACAACAAGGGUCGUCUGGUGCAGAAGGCUAAGAUUGAGAUUGUGCUGGGGAAGUCUGAAAAGUUUGACUCUAUAAUGAGUGCUGCCGCAGCUGCUCAAGCUGCUCAGGAGCCAGCUGCUGAGGGCAAGAAAUGACAACAAAACCGUAACUCCCUCUAUGGUUCAUUGUUGUAGUUUAUAUUCACAUGAUUUCAUGCUGGAACUGAGAUAAGUAGGUUAAUAGGUAGCUGAUUCUUUUGCAGUUGCUAGUACGGAAUAGUAAAGAUAGUAUAGAAAACAAUUAUCAUAAAUGAUGUGGCAGUGCAGAGGGGUUGCAGUGGUAUGCUACUCUCUAGUUUCGUCAUUUCACAGAGAAUUGUAAAGAUCUUCUCUGUUAUCUGUUAUCAUACUGUUACCUUUGGGAUUUGUAAUUUUUCAUCUUACAGCACAUAAUGUUGAUAAUUGAAUGGCCAAUUAUUAGUAAGAAAUUGUGCCACCCUAUUCUUAGA